UAUAUCUUCCUCGAACAUUCUUUUCUAUAUAUAUACACACUUAUAUCUUCCUGGAUCCUGUCCUAACACACACUUACCCCUUUCCUCUCUUAGAUCUUUCUUCACAUAAUGGGAAACUACGCUUCUUGUGCUCUAAGCAACAUAACGCCUUCUUCUUCUUCUUCAAAAGUGAUUCUCCCUGACGGUGAAGUGCGUCACAUUCACGCGCCGACUAAAGCCGCUGAGCUUAUGAUGGAGAUUCCGAGCUUCUUCCUCGUCGACGCCAAAACGUUAAAGAUCGGUCGGAAACUUAAACCGUUAGCCGCCGACGACGAUCUCCAAACUAGAGGCUGUCACGUGUACGUUGCUUUUCCUAUGACGCGUGCCACGUCAGCAGCAAACGCUUCGGACAUGGCUCGGUUGUUUUUAGCCGCCAAGAAACAACAGCGCAGACGAGUCAGAACAGCCGUGAAACACUGUCACAACGGAAGGAUUUCGCCGGAGGGAGAGGAUGACGUCAAGAUGAUGUCGGCGGGAUCUAAGCUGAUGAGUUUAGUAGACAUUGAUGAGUUUUCUGCGGCGGAGUUUAUGCAUAGAAUCUCGAAUUCGAAAUCUAAGAAACCGAAGCUGGAAACCAUAGCUGAAGAAGAAUCUAUCUUAAACGGACUUGAAAUCAAACAAUUAUUGGAACUUGAUUUUUUCAACGCUUUUUUUAAUAUUAGUUAUUGUUCUCGUUUGUAGUGUUAUUGAGAAUGAACAUGUAAUGAUAAAAUUCUUUAAUUUUAUGUAACUGUAAAUUAAAUAAUCUUUAAGCUCUUAACCCGUUAUGAUAAAGUCUACAACAUUUUUAUAGUAUUUGUUUUUCAAUCAGUAUUUAAUAAUUUAGUGAAUCCUAAAAAUCAAAAUUACACCACCUUUUAUUUAUUUUUCUUAAAACAACUAUUAAAGUCGUAGUAGGUAUUUGUACAAAAAUAAACACACAGUUACAAUCAGAGCCAAUCCUAGAAUAUUUAAAACCAUAAGCAAAAAACAAAAAAGUGGCUGGAACUGUACCAACUAAUGGUUGAAGCUGUGAUCUGAGGAAGGUGAAAUGAGUGAGCAUUGCCACUAGAGACUAAAGAGGAUACCCGGAUUAUGUGGCCGAAAAGUAUUUGUCACAAAAUAAACGGCCACAAGCAAUUGCUUCAUUCGCUUGAUGCUAGAUUCUACAAGCAAGUCUUUGCUGUUAUAUCUUUCAAAACUGGAGUUUCUACAAUUUCAAAGCAACUUUCUACAACUUCAUAGCAACUGAUUCUACUACUACUGUUACAAGGCUAAAAGAAAACUAUUGUAUCCUCAAGAUCACGGUUGCUGCUGGUAUCGAUUGAAUAUGAAUCUCUUAGCUUGCAACCUCCUGAAAAGCAGUGAAUGUCUUAAAACAUGUUGAAUAUCCCUUCACGCCAUCCAAACCAUGCCCCAUGAACAAUGCCAUCUUUCACGUCUCCUUGCCCUGAAAAAUCCAACACUGUUGGGGGUGGAUUUACAUCCUUCUUCAAGGCCCAUUAGACAAGGAAUUAGACCCAUAUUGCUAGAAAGCCCUAGGCUUCAUCCUUCUAUAAAUAAGGAGCUACCUCCUUAUGAGAAAGGAUCUCUUCUUCUCCAUUUUAGACUUAGAACACUUCUUAUAAAGGGUUUAUGGAUUAUUAGAUUUCUUUACACUUGUAAUCCUACAUGUAAUACAAUCUUAAAUCAAUAAACUUUUUUGAUGUUCAUUUCUCAUUUGAUUCUUUUAAGAUUUCUCCUAAACCUCAAGAAUCUAAGCUUUUAUCUUUAGAUUCUUUAUUUGAUUGAUUCCAACAAACAUCACAAAGAUAAACACCAUUUUUGGAUCAAACAAUUGGCGCUAGAAGGAGGGGGCAAGGAGAACUAUCUUUGAAGAAUUGAACUUGAGAACGAAUCAUGCAAAUGAGUAAUCAUCGGUUUCUACUCCAUUACAAAAGUCAAGGAUUUGGGCUCAAAGAGAUUCAUAUUUCUUUUGAGAAAAGAAGCCCAAAUUAGACCCAACCAUAUCUCGUCGACACCUCACCCUCAUCAUUCCCUCCGGGAUAAUCACGGCGACGACACCACACACGAAACGGUGGCGAUCUGCUCCAAGUCAUCAAAUCUAAUGGCGAAGAAACCAGCGGCGAAGAGUGACGGGGUCGCAUCCUCAGCUCUUCACGAAGAAGCUGUUCGCGGCGGAGAUCCCGGCGACGACUGAGCCAUCAAAACGAGCAGCGAAGAACCUAAGCGGCAGAGGCGUUAUCAGCGUCAUUCUCGUCGAGAAAUCAGCCCUAGCUUGCUCUGCUUCCGGUAAAGCCGGAGACUUUCUCGCUUUUGAUGGGUGCGAUGGAGACCUUAAGUAACUCUCAGCUCAACGGUGACGGAGUCAGAGCCCGUCUCGAGAGGUUUGGGUUUACCGGCGUGUGUCAACCAGAAGAUCUAGCCAGCGGUGGUUUCAAGAUCAAUGAUGAAGCUCUCUCAUGAAAGCUGGGCUUUCUUCUUGUGGGACUUUGAUCAAACACUUGGUGGGCUAAUAAUAACGUGAAGCAACAAUGGUUAUUUCCCUCUUUGCCGACUUCAACCUCGACCUUGCCGACGAAGAUCACGAUCUCGUUAACUUUGAAGACUUCUGGCUGUGGCUGUGACGAACAAUCAAUCAUCUCAUCAAGGUGUUACCUCCUCAUGAGGGUUCGAUCAGUGGGCUUAGCAGAAUGAAUGGUCAUGACCAAGAGCUCGCCACGUUAGUACGAGCAUCAUCAUCAAGUUGAUGAUCUCCCGACAGUAACGAGCCAAGAAGCUUCCCGACGAGCUCCUCUCGGCUCGGCCGUUCGUGCUCUAUCAAGAUCAACGUCUUUGAGCUCUAUCUCACCACCAUCUCAGCUCAGACAAGAGCGAUACAUUGAGAUAAGCUUUCUCAAUUUUAACUAAUUAUUAUCAUUAGACCACCUUCUUUUAAACGCCAUAUGCUCGUCUGAUAGUUUGACAGUUAAUUACUUUAUUAAAAUUAUUGGCAAAGUUAAUGGAUUACAGUAGUCGUACGUAAACCUUUAUCCCUUGCUAUAAAAAAAAAUUAAUAUGCUAGCCUGCUAUUAAGUCAUAAAGCAUAUCAACUCUUACAAUUUUAUUGAUUUGCAAGGUCUAAUUAUUAAUGGGGUUUAAAUUUUCUUUGUGAAGAUUAUCUUUUUGAUGAUGACGCUCUUAAGCUCCACAAAGGAAAGCUUAUUGACCACUUGAGCUCUGUUCUUCAAAGACUUGAGCUCCAUCAACGGCAGCUGAAAGUAGAGUUGAGCUCUGUUCUUUGUCAUGACGAGGCCUCCACCAAAGGCUUGUCUUUCACAAGCUUGCUAGAGUUGAGCUCGGCAGGUCCAUGCUUGAUGUCCGUUGCAAGACGUGUCUUAACUCAUGCUUGAGUACACUUGGAAGUAAAGAGCUUAGCUUCUGAUCAUUCACUCGGAUGGAAACGAGACGCCCUCAAGCUCCACAAAGGACAGCUUCUUGGCGACUUGAGCUCUGUUUUUCAAAGACUUGAGCUCCAACGUCAAUAGACAGUCUGUGUUUCUUCUUCAUCAUGACUGAUUUUGAGAAGUGGAGAUUGCAACAUCUCGCAAGGCAUGCUCCAGCUUGUUACUGCCGCUGUUGUGAUUCCACUCAGCUUCACAAGCUUGUUCACUGCUCAAGACUCAUUCCAGUCGCCUCUCUCAUCCGUCUUUAAGCUUGGCCUUGGACAGUAGCAAUCACGUGAUGACCUUGGUAGUAACGAUCUGAUCUCCGCACCCGGCUUCUUACGUUUCACCGCCAUGACGUCUUCAAAAGCUCCGUCAACAGAAGCUUGUCGCCAAGUUCUCAAGACUCCGCACCGGCUUUGUCCUCGGCAUUCAUCUCAUCUCGUCACUCAUUUUGUAUCUUCACUGAGGAGACACCAUGAUCAAUAGAGAAUACAGUGAGAUGUCCAUUGCCCGGCUAGAAAGUAUGCACACGCCACUAGUGUCAUCAAGGGAUCAUGGGAGUCACGAGGAAAGAGACAACAAGAUGCGAAGUCACACGUUAAGCUUCAGAUACAUCAAGUUCUACGAACUUAUACUCAUCUUCAACACGUGUCAUCAUGUUUCCAUCAAAGCAUGAACAACUCCAGAUUAUCAUCACGAGACGAGCUCUUUCCCUUAUACAAACAGAGUAGAGAAGACGAAGAAUAUGAGACGCUCUUUGCAAAUGAUGGCGAUUUGGUCACAGUCCUCACAACUCUCUUGGCGACUUCAUCUUCACUGAUCACCAACUCAACAGCACAAGCCGGCACAUUUCUCAGCAUCAUCAUAGCCUGACGAGCAUACACACCAACUACUUGUUCGGCACACACGAUCUCAACACGAGACUUCGGGUCGGCAAUAGUUCGGUAAACAUGUAUUUUAGGCACGAGUUUAAAUUGAACUUGCUUUUUAUUAGGCACGAGUUUGUUGGCGACUCGCUUAUUGUUAGACACGAGUUUACAAAAACUCGUCUUUGGCUAGGCAUGAGUUUACAGAAGCUCUCCUUCUACUAGGUUCGAGCUCUCAGUAAACUCGCCUCUGUCUUAGCAUGGGUUAAGUAAACUCGUCUUUCGCUAAGCACGAGUUUAAAGCAAACUCGCUUAUUACUAGGCACAAGUUCGAAAUAAACUCGCCUAAACCGUCAUAGGCAUGAAUGUGUCUAGUUCAUUGUCUAAUAAACCCUAUUCGU